AUGCUUUCGAUUGGAAUAUGUGGCCUGGUGAUUGCUUCGACUGUGGUGCUAUCGUUGAUACCACUUUAUACACCCCCAAGUGAAGGGGUUGUGUCAACAAAAGGCAGGACACGGUCAUUUCAAUAUAAAUUCAACUAUAAUCGAGUAGCUAAACGUAGUUUAUCCUCGGGUUUGGAUCCGGUGGAUGCAUCCAGUUUUCAAGAAUUAAAUCAUCUGAUUCGGAGUAUAUUAACGAAGAGAACGCAUGUGCCUAUAAGUGUUGCUGCGAAUGUUGAACAAGCUUUUCUAGAUGCCACGACAAAUGUGUUAUAUGUCGGAGGAUUCUACACGUUUUCGCUUUUCUGCAAUACUAAUUGUCAAGAUCAAAUACUCGAUAGAACAUUUGUUGAUAAUAGCACAACACAAAAGCUGCGUAAUUUAUCAAUUACGAAUUUAAACGAACAACUUCAACUUAGUAUUCGUCAAAAUAUAUACCAUUUUGGCAUAAUAGACAUGCAAAUUGCUCCCGACUCUUCAGAAGUGCCCAUUGACUUAAGCUACGAUACGGAAAAUGCAGCAGCGAGCCGACGUCGACGACGAAGACGAGAGCUAUCGUUACAUGACUCAAAUGAUUCUCUAACUAAUUUAGUCCAACAAACACUUUGGUUAACAGCAGACAGUCAAAAUAUUCCAUUUGUCAUUGCCAGUGUCAAUUCAUUAUUAUCAAGCAGUGUUUUGCAAUUGAACGUUUCUGUAAUACUUCAAUAUCCUUUCUAUUGUGUGAAUACUUGCUUAACAGACCACGUCGGUGCUUUGGUUUCUGACUUAUCCAAUCUCAGUAGAGUAGAUAAACUGCAGUAUCAAUAUAACAAUAGUUGGUAUCGAGUGAUAAUGCUGAAAACUAUACCUAGUGAAAACUACGCUCUUGAAUCUGAACGAAUGUUCACCUAUGAAAUAAAUGGUACUACUGGAAAUACUUCAGCAAUUGUCGCUGGCCCGAUUAAUGAUGCAAACUCGUUGGACAGUAUCAAGGCUGGCUUGAACGCAACACUCAAUUCUUCAAUUGACUUCGUAGUUGUUGGCGCAUCUUUCCGGCCAAUAGACACGAGUCCAUCAAACAAAUUAUUGGAUUUAUCUCUAAAGCGCGGAUUGUCACGUCGAAAAUAUGGUCGAUAUCAACUGAUCGUAAUCAUUCGAUUUAUCUUUCUGUCGCUAUGUGAUCGUCACUGUCAAAAACUUUUAUUAACGCCGAUAUUUGAUCAUCGCGACAUUCCGCCACCGCCAGCUAUCAUGAUUCUGGGUAUUAAAUUUAAACUGCCGAAACCUAUCAUUGAAAUAUGGUACAAGCCGUCUCCAUCAUUGACUACAAGUACUACGACAGUCACAUCAGAUAACACUCCAACAGAAUCAAUAUCAACGGAUGCAAAUACGUUCACGGAAGAAUCAUCCACAAGUGACACAACGUCGCUCAUCAUAGACACGACAACGCAAACAGAAACAAUAUCAACGGAUACAAAUACGUUCACGGAAGAAUCAUCCACAAGUGACACAACGUCGCUCAUCAUAGACACGACAACGCAAACAGAAACUGCAACAACAAACAUGCCAGACGGAACCUAUUAA